CUGUCGUUUCGUUUCGUUUGUCGACUUGUCGUGUGACGUGAAUGAAUUGAUUUGAUUUGAUUCUGAAAUCGCGAAAGGAGGCAACGCGAGGCAAGCGGGUGUUUCUCUUCAUUUCUCAUCUUCUCGUUGCUGUGAUGAGUUAAAAAGUUCGGAGCAUUGCCGACGCGUCGUCACUGCAAAUAAAUAGUCAAGUUAUAGGCAUUCCGCCGUCAUUACUGGAAAUAGAGUCGCUUCGGCUGCAAGCCGCCUCAUUUCCACGCCUGUUUCUAUAAAUUUGACAUUACCCGACUGUGAUAUAACGAUAAGUUGACCAUUUCACCGGUAAUGAUUGUGACUAUUUACUAAAUUUCGCGUGUUUUGUGCUUUUUCUUUCGUGAGCAAUCCCCAAAGACGAAAAGAAGAAACAUGGGUAGUGCCAAAAUGAGCUACAAUUAUAACCUGGAUGUCACGCCGAAUUACUCUUAUAUUUUCGACUUCGAAAGCGAGUUUAUUCACCAGAAUUCAAGGAAAUGGAUGACUGAAAACUGGACUGUGGCAUUCUACUACAUAGGAGUCUACAUGGCAUUCAUAUUUGGAGGACAAUACUACAUGCAGAACCGUCCCAGGUUCGAGCUGCGGCGCACGCUGAUGGUGUGGAAUUGCUGCCUGGCCGGGUUCAGCAUCAUGGGCGCGUGCCGCACGCUGCCCGAGUUCAUCCACGUGCUGCGCAACUACGGCAUCUACCACUCUGUCUGUGUGCCCAGCUUCAUCGAAGCGGACAAGGUCUCCGGCUUCUGGACGUGGAUGUUCGUGCUGUCCAAGCUGCCGGAGCUCGGCGACACGGUGUUCAUCGUGCUGCGCAAGAAGCCGCUCAUCUUCCUGCACUGGUACCACCACAUCACCGUGCUGCUCUACUCCUGGUUCAGCUUCACGGAGUACACGGCCAGUGCCAGGUGGUUCGUGGUGAUGAAUUACUGUGUGCAUAGCGUAAUGUACUCGUACUUCGCGCUGGUGAGCAUGGGCUACUACCCGCCCAAGAUGCUGGCCAUGGUGAUCACGUUCCUGCAGCUCACGCAGAUGGUGGUCGGCUGCUUCGUCAACAUCUCCGCGCACAACUUCCUCGCCGCCAACAAGAACUCGUGCGGCAUCAGCGAGUUCAACAUCAAGCUGUCCAUGGCCAUGUACUUCUCAUACUUUGUGCUGUUCGCGAGGUUCUUCUACAAGGCGUAUCUGUCGCCCAAGCCGAAGGGAAAGAAGGAGAAGUGUGAACCGAUUGCUGAGGAGAACUACUCGGAGAAUGGAAUCAAGAAGCCGUACUCGGAGUUCCCGCGGCAACGGAACGGCGUGCUGGCGCACUAGCCGAGCCACUCGCCGCGCCACUCGCCGAGCCACUCGCCGCGCCAGUGCCCGCGCCAGCAGCUGUCGCGUCGCGGGCCGCCUACAUUCCUCCGCUCCAGAUAAAAGAGCUUCGUUCAAAUUUUUGUUAUACGCUUCUGUGAUUGUGCCCGGCGCCCGCGCGGCCAACUUUUAUACAAGCCUGAUUACAUUCUUCGUUGUUGUUUAUCGUAUUUAUUACAAGGAGUGAUUUAUUCUAAUUUAUUGUGAAGUAUAGUUUAGAGGACCUGUACAGAUGUAAAGGUUAUGCUUUCUAGCGGUGAUCCGACGCGGUAGGCGUACUUGUAAUACUUAAGCGCUUGUCAAACAGGCGGAAAAAUCUAAGCGAUAAUUCCUGCUAGUGAAAAUAAGCAAUAUUACCUACUUUGAAAAUUAGCUGUUCGGAGAUUUCGUAGAACGUUGGUUCGCAACGUGUUUACAUGUUACUUAAUUGUAAUUAUUUGAAUAAUGCAUCAUGAGAAAGUUCAAACUAGGUCCGUCGACUACUGGUCAUAGAUAGUUUGAGUUUGGUACCACGAUGUAUUAGUUUAAAGAAAAAGACUCGCAAUGUCUUUACCAUUAGCGUAAACCUUGUUGAAGUAAAAUCUUACUGUAGUAGGUAAUUUUAGACGUUGUUCUAAUGAUCGACUUACCUUGGGUUCUAGUGGCUAGCAUAGUUCACAGCGGGUCAAUUUCUCUAGUUACAUUUACUAUAACACGUCACUACGAUGUGCUUAAAGGUUAAACGAAUAGGCUGUUACUGUUACUCGCCAGUCCAUUGGUUUGUUUUAAUACAAUGCAUUGGUUGGUAGCAAUUUAGUAUAAAUAGUAUUAUAAAAUAACUCUACCGAUAUGGGAGAAGCAGUUGAAGUAGAAAUAUUGUUAGGUAUUUGAAAGUACAAUAUUGUGGCUUACAUAGCGUCAGUGUACCGCUGUUAGUUGCUAAAAUUGACACUGUGGAUGAUUUAAAUGUAAUGUAACCUGUACCUACCUAUCUUUCUGUAUUUUAUUUCCUUGGGAUAACAAUCAAAUUUCAAUGUACUUACAUUUAAUUUUUGUAGAAACCCGACUUACCUGCUAAUUAACAAACAUGUCUCGUGUCUCUCAUUCUUUUUUCGCAUUACAUUUAAAAUGUCCACCUCGAUAGCUUGAUUUUCAUCCGAAUUAUAUUCUAAUAUUUAUUUAAUCACGGGGUUGGGAACACCAUGCCUACAAAACAAGUUUUAUUUAUGCAUUUAUAACCCAUGUAUUAAAUCUCAGUUUGUAAGUAACAACUUUUUAUUGAACGUUUAUUUGGUCGUAUUAUUUUUAUAGUUCUUAUGACUUGUGUAAACUAUUGUUUAGGCUAAAAUAUACUGUACAUUCGGUCUUGUAUUUGCUAUAAAAUAUGUAUUUUAUACAUAGUAUACUUAUGUAUAAUAUGUAAUGUGCGGAUGUGAACUAAACAGUACCUAUGGAACUUUAGGUAACGCGGAAUGUAAAGGAAUACUUAGCUGCUAAUCCCAGUAUAUACAAAGAGUAAAGAUUUGUACAAAUUCUACAUAAGAGUGAAGUAUUUUAUUUUUGUGAUAUAUCCGUAAUAUCGUUCAUACAUACAUACAUACGUUACUGGCCGGCAGGCUCAAGUGUCCCCUUUAGGGAAUCCUUAAAACAUAUUUAUAUUAUUAUUGAUAUACAAGGGGGGUUUUGUUACAUUUUUUAUUUUGUAAUAUUACCGGGUUUUAUCAUACAUUAGCAGUGCCUCAUAUAUUUUUUUCUACCAAAACGCAUUUUUUGUAUGUUGUUAACGUCGUAAAGAGUUAUGAAAAUGUCAAUGCAUAUUUUAGAAUUGUAUAUUUUUCGAGCCAAAUUAUAAACCAUACUUAUGUUUCAAUUGUAACCAUGUUAUACAGUUUAGAAAGUACUAAAUUUUUCAUUAAUUAAUUUGUAUUUUCUGGGCAAAUAAAGCAUUAGUAAGUAAA